AUGUUCUCCGGCGUGAGCCUGUCUGACAGGCUCAAGGCGGCCGUCAACCAGCUCGAAGCGACGGGAAGCUCGCUGCAACAGCGUGCCCUGACCGCUGCUCAGCAGGCGCAGACACCGCCUCUCGACCGGAAGCCCAGCAACCCGCCGCUCGAUCGCAAAGCCAGCAACCCCGCCACCGCUGCCAAGGCAGACGAUCGACCACAAUCGCCUCGCUCCCCACCACCGACAGGAAGCGCCUCUCAUCUCGCGGACUCGGCAGUCAGCGGAUUAAACGAGCUCCGAAGAAGCUUCAGCAGCUUCCGAAAUUCCCAGGAGGGUUCCCGUCCAAGCAGCGCCGACAUCGAAGCGGCUGGCAGGGCACAGAAACGCAGCUCCAGUCCGCUGAAGAAGACAGAGGCUGAAAGGGCCGAGGAGAACAAGAAGGAGCCGGAGGAAGAGAGCAAGCCCGACGAAUGUGCGACGAAAGCCGAUGCCAAAGAUUCAAAGGACAAGCCCGAGCUCCUCGCGCCUCAGUUCGACCUCGGCACACCCAACACUUCGACUGCCGUCAGCGGUCAAGCGACUCCUGCGCCCGCAGAAGCAUCUGAAACGGCUAAGACCUCGCCUCCGAAGUCUCCGGCACCCGAAAAGAAUGAAGAGGCGGAACCGGCGCCCGAUACUGAGGUCAAGGAGGCUGAGGCGAAGGCUGACGCAGCCUCCGACGCCCCGGAGGUCAAGGUGGACUCUGAAUCCAAGGCGGCUCAGUCAACACCUGCUGCUGAGCCAGCUCCCUUUGGCGGGGGCAAGAAGAAGAAGAACAAGAAGGGAAAGAAGGGUGGCAACGCUGGCGCCGAGAAGGCGGAAGACCCGAAACCGGCCGAGGAUGCGAAGACCGCCGUUGAGCCCUCAGUAGAGUCCGCCGUUAAGGACGAGACUCCGGCCUCUGUUGAACCAACGGAACCCGAGAAGGUGAAGAAGGACGCCGCCGAGGAGAAGCCAGCUGCCAAGGUCGAGGAUGAGGUGCCCGCGCCAAUACGGCUGCCAACACCUACGGAGGACGAUCCGGCCAAGACGCUGGCGGACACUGAACGUCGAUUCGAAGGUAGGACUUGUGACUCAUACGCGGCCAACAAGGUGCUCAAGGAGCUGACCCCCGUGGACGGUGGCAUUGCCGACUCUGACGCCCUCGAGGGAUGGGUCCGUAUGGUCACUGGCAAGGUGGACAUGAUCACCACGGAGCUGACCAGAUUGCAAGACAAGAUGAAGCAAUCGCGCAUGCAGGAAAUGCGGGAAACGCACAAGCUCGAGUCCAAAUCGCAAUCCGAGCUCGUUGAUCAGCUCCGCUCUCAGCUUUCUUCUGCUGAGUCAACCCUCUCGAAGGGUGCCGACGAUGCUGUGACCGUUGGUCAGCUUCGGGCCGAUCUCGCCAAGGCGCAGACCACGAUCAAGGAGGAAGAGGAAAAGCGUUCAAAGGCCAUCAGCCUGCUCAAGACCGUGCGCCAGAAGCUAGUCAAAAUCGAGAAGGAGAAGGAGGAGAUCGAGAAGGACCGAGCAGCUGAGCGCGCGGAGCGCAGCAAGGCCAACGAGGAGCUUGAGAAGUCCAAAGCCGCGCGUGAGCGUGAGGUCAACCAGCUGCGAAAAGGCUUCGAGAGGGAACUCGCCAGCGCCAAGGAGCGUGCCGAGAAGGAUCUCGCUGCCAAGAAGGCUGCAUGGGAGCUCGAGAUGAUCACCACGAAGGAGAUCACUGCGAAGAACGCCAAGAUCACCGGUCUCGAGACGAUAGUGAAGGAAAUGCACGCUAAGAACGCGGAGCAAUUCGGCACGAUCGAGUCGCGGCAAGCCGACGCCGAGUCAGCACGAGCUGAAAUGGAACUAGCGCAGACGCGGACGAAGGAGCUCGAGUUCGAGCUGCGUGAGGCGAACGAGCGCAUUGCUCUGCUAGAGGAUGCCUCGCGGCAUGAGGCGGCGCCGGUCGUCGCGCGAGAGGAGACUGCGCCCGGCACGAGCGCGGCGGAGGUGCAGCGUCUGCUCGCUGAGGCCGAGGCGCGGUCCGAGACCAAGCUCAGCGACCUCCGUGCGAAGAUCCGCUCGCUUGAACGGGAACGCAACGAGCUCGAGGAGGACUGGGCCCAGAAGCUGGGGCAGCGCGUCCGCGAACUGGAGGCCGUGAGGCGCACGCUAGCCGAAAGGGAUGCCGACGCUGCGACAGCCGCUGCCGCACGGAAGGAACGGGAUGCGCAGAUCGACGCGCAGGACGCGGCGAAGCGUGACCUCGAGCGGCAGAUCGUGGAGCUGCGGGCGGCCGUCGACGAGGCUCGCGCAGAUGUUGCUGUAGCUCUCGAGGCAGAGCGUGCGGCGCGGGAAGAGCUCGAGACCGCGCAGAGCGGCACGGGUGCACUCCAGCAGCAGCUCGACGAGAGCCGGCAGCAGGUCACCCAGCUCCGUGCCACAAACAAGACCAUCCGCGAUGAGAUGCGCAAGAUCCAGAGCUCGGUGCAGCUGAUGGAGCGCCAGCGCAACCCGGGUGUCGGAUACUGGGCUCAGGGCUCGAACGCUCCCACCCCUACUUCUGCUGCCAGUGACAAGCAGACGAGCGGUACUGCCUCGCCUACUCCAAGCGGGGACAGCAACAAGGACGAAGAGGUCAACCUGGAGUACCUCCGCAACGUCAUCCUGCAGUUCCUCGAGCACCGCGAGAUGCGACCGAACCUCGUCCGUGUCCUCAGUGUCAUCCUCCGCUUCACCCCGCAAGAACUGAGGCGGCUCGAGGCUAAGCUCAACUCGUAA